AUGCGACGAAAUAAAUCGACUAAUUCGUGCCUUUUGACAUUGUUGGCAACAUGUCUUCUGACAGUCGGUUCAACUUCUGCUUUAAACAAACCGACAACGGAUAAGUAUGGUACAAUUUCCCAUACAAUUUGCGAUGGAGAAGCUGCCGAGUUGAGUUGUCCUGCUGGAAAAGUUAUCUCGAUCGUUCUCGGUAACUACGGUAGAUUCUCAGUUGCGGUGUGCUUCACUGAUAGUGAUGUUGUUGCAUCUAACGUCAAAUGCGAGAAUCCGAAAACUAAGUCAAUAUUGGAGAAGAAAUGCAACGGACAUUCGAAUUGCGAUUUCUCUGUUGACAAGAAGACGUUCAAUGAAGAUCCAUGUCCCAACACGUCAAAAUAUUUGGAAGUGAAAUACAAUUGUGUUGUUCCUGCUACCACAACUACAACAACGACGACUACAUCGACUACUACUACCGAUAGUAGUCUGAUAUUGAACGAAGAAGAAGAAGAGGAGGUUCAAAAGGACUCGGACAAUUCGGACAAAUACGUGAAGCCAAAAAAGAAUAAAGACUUGUUCUGCUCGGCUACAAAUCGACGCGGAGUAAACUGGCAGAACACUAAAGCUGGCACGAAAUCGAGUGCACCGUGUCCAGAAGGAUCUUCAGGAAAGCAGUUGUGGGAGUGCUCAGCAAAUGGUCAAUGGGCAUCUGAAUUUCCAAACAGUGCCGGCUGUGAAAGCGAUUGGAUCUCUGUGAAGACCAGCUCUCUGACAGGAGUCAUAACCACCGAAGAUGCUUCUGGAAUACCAGAGUUCCUCCGGAACCUUGAUUCCGAAACAAGACGUCCGUUAGUUGGAGGUGACUUGCCGAAAGUUCUUCAUCUUCUCGAAAGAACUGUAAAUGUGCUGGCUGAAGAAAGUUGGGCUUAUCAACAUCUGGAACUUUCGAACAAAGGUGUGAUACAAGUGAUGAACACUUUAAUUAGAAAGCCGGAUGUUUGGCCAAGUUGGGAUGUUUUAAAGCGAAAGGAAUUUGCGUCACGAUUGAUUCUGGCUGCUGAAAAGGCGAUGGUCGCGUCAGCAAAAGGAAUGCAGGAAUCUCAGCAAUCAAAUGUGAUUGUGCAGCCAUCGAUCAUAGUUGAAGUUUCUCACAAAAUUAAGAUGUCUUCACAGCCGACCGACUAUAUUUUAUUCCCAGCUGCAGCGUUGUGGGAUGGGCAAAGUGUUGAUAAUGUGCACAUUCCAAGAGAUGCUAUAUUGAAAGUGAGCCAGGAUGACACGCAAGUAUUCUUCUCCUCAAUUGAUAAUAUUGGUCAAGAGAUGACACCACUCGAUGUAACUGUUCCUAUAACAGGCACUGAUAAGACUGAAGUUCGUAAACGUCGAGUUGUUUCGAGAAUUGUUGGAGCUUCGUUGAUCGGAAACGGAAAAGAGAAACGAGUCGAAAAGUUGGAUCAACCAGUUAGGAUCACGUUUUAUCACAAAGAAUCUGCUGUUCGACAUAUGAGCAGUCCAACUUGUGUUUGGUGGAAUCAUCACGAAUUGAAAUGGAAUCCAUCUGGAUGUCGUCUUAAUUCACACAACAACACAAUGACAACAUGUGAUUGCAACCACCUCACACAUUUCGCUGUUUUAAUGGAUGUUCGUGGACAUGAACUGGAUGAAGUCGAUGAAACUUUGUUGACUUUAUUAACAUACGUUGGAUGCAUCGUUUCAAUCGUUUGUCUGUUGCUCACAUUCUUCGCCUAUUUGAUGUUCAGUAGAAACGGAGGUGACCGAGUCUUCAUUCAUGAGAACUUGUGUCUCACGUUGGCUAUCGCUGAAAUUACAUUCCUGGCUGGAAUAACACGAACAGAAGAUUCGGUUCAAUGUGGAAUCAUUGCUGCGGUACUCAUGUAUAUGUUCCUCACAGCUCUCACAUGGAUGUUAUUAGAAGGAUAUCAUAUACAUCGAAUGCUGACUGAAGUGUUCCCAUCUGAUCCACGCCGUUUCUCAUAUCUCAUCAUCGGUUAUAUUCCUCCGGCGAUCAUCACACUCUGUGCCUACCUAUAUAACUCGAAUGGUUUUGGAACAACUGACUAUUGCUGGUUAACCACUCAAAACAACUUUAUAUGGUUUUUUGCCGGUCCGGCUUCGUUCAUUCUUUGCGUGAACACACUUGUACUUGUCAAGACUCUGUGCACUGUUUAUCAACACACAAGUGGAGGGUAUCUUCCUUGCCGACACGAUGUGGAUUCAGGAAGAUCUAUUCGAAACUGGAUCAAGGGAUCUUUGGCUUUGGCGAGCUUGCUGGGAGUUACGUGGUUGUUUGGACUUUUCUGGAUCGAGGACUCUGGCUCAAUUGUUAUGGCAUAUGCAUUCACCAUUUCAAACUCGUUACAAGGACUUUUCAUCUUCUUAUUCCACGUUGUCUUCGCCGAGAAAAUGCGCAAAGACGUUGGUCAUUGGAUGUAUAGGCGUGGAUGUGGGGGAUCGAGUAAUUCAUCACCAAAUCAUAAACGAAACAAUGGACAACGUGAUUUAAUGUCUCCCGGAAUGAAUAGCUCAACAGGGAGCGAAUUUCUCUACAACACGAACGACAAGUACCUGAGCAACUCGGAUACUACGAAUCGAUUGGCCUUUAGUAAUCGGAUGCCUCAUCCUAAUCAAAUGUCCAUUUAUCAGCAGCAUCCACAACAUCCACAAAAACAAAUUUAUGAACCUCAACCAGGAACUUACGACUACGCAACCAUCGCUUAUGGAGAUAUGAUGCCUGGACACAUGAAUCGUGUCGCAGCUCCGCCAGCUUAUCAACGUCUUGCCGUGGCUGAAGGUCGAUAUGGUAGUCAACAUCAACUGUACCAAGGGUGGCAUCAUCGACCUCCUCCAGAGUUCUCACCUCCACCACCUCCACCUAGUGUACCAUCCAAUCCACGACAUUAUGGUACUGGUUCAAGUGGUCGUCGUCCGCCAAGUUCAAAAAUGAGUGACGAUUCUGCCUACUCCGAUGGGUCUUCUUCAAUGUUGACAACAGAAGUGACGCCACAAGGACAGACUGUUCUUCGUAUUGACUUGAAUAAGCCAAGCAUGUACUGUCAAGAUUUAUAG